GUCUUACGAUUUUGGGUCUUUGCUUUCAGACUAUUUAUCUCCUGAAUUAAUAUCGCUUGCUAAAAAGCUAAGAUGUCAGAAUAAUUGUGAUGAAAAGGAUCCUAAUAGAGAUUGGUGUCAAAAUUGCGGACCCAAAUAUGGUCGUUGUCCAAUUUGUAAUGAAGAAAAUUCUUAUAAAGAUAGAUGUAAAUCUUGUGAAUGGACAAAAUCUAAACCAAAAAACCCCAAAACUGGACUAUGUCCGGAUUAUAAAAAUACUUUAUAUAGUGAUAGUGGUUGUUUAGUUGCGUUAAAGGAAUUUCCCAGCGAUGAAGUAUUCUUAGAUGAA